CCCACUCCUGGAGAGAGACGCUCAAGGCUGACGGCUUCGGAAAAGGCAGCGGAGGCGGUCGCCUUAGCCCCAGACAGAAGGAAAUUGGCUCCAGCCGGGGCUUGCCCCAGGUUCUUUCCCCAGCUAAAGAGGGGUGGGGACCCCCAGACACCCAGGCAGAUUCCCGGGAGCUAUUCCGAAUCCUUGCAACCGAUCCGGCGCAGGAGGAGCGGAGCGAGGAGGGAGCCGUCGAGUUUCGCCCAUCAAGUGGGCACCGAGGGGGGCGAAGGCUCCCGGAUUUCGGCCCCCCCUUGGGGGUCUCCGUGGGCAGAGCGGUGUACAGGGGUGAAGACGCAUCGACCAGCACAGCAUUGUCCCCUCGGAGCCGGGGAAGCCAUGGAAGGCGAACCCGGAGCCCUGCCCGGCCUUGGGAAGUCUCGGAUCUGAGGGGGAGGACCCCCUCCCUCUUCCUGCCGUCCUGGGGGAAAAACCCCCUACGUCCCCCCCGGAGGGAACCGUACCGCAGCUGGAGAACAUGUGAGCAGGCCGUCUAGGCCAGGCGCUCUCGGGGAUUUCGGUGCCUCGACGGGGCGUCGGGAUUUGGAGGUCUCUGUGGCUGGGGAGGGAGGGGAGCCGUGCCCACCCACUCGUGUUGGCUUCUGGAUCCCUGAGAUCACCCCGCCGCGCCCCCGUCUCCUCCAGUGGCGCUUCCUCGGUGGCUGUCGCCUCGGCCUGAAACUGGGGGGCGGCGGGGGAGGUGCGCCCAGUUGGAGAAGGGCACAAAGCCGGAGAGGACGCCCAGCUGGAAAAGGGCGCACGGCUGGUGGGGGGCAAACAGCUGGAGAGGAGCGCAUAACCGGAGAGGGGCACCCGGCUGGAGAGGGGUGCAUAACUGGAGAGGGCACCCGGCUGGAGAGGGGCGCAUAACUGGAGAGGGUGCCCAGCUGGAGAAGGGUGCAUAACCGGAGAGGGACGCCCAGAGAGGACACCCAGCCAGAGAGGGGCACCCAGAGAGGACUCCCAGCCGGAGAGGGGCACCCAGAGAGGACGCCCAGCCGGAGAGGGGCACCCAGAGAGGACUCCCAGCCGGAGAGGGGCACCCAGAGAGGACUCCCAGCCGGAGAAGGGCACCCAGAGAGGACGCCCAGCCGGAGAGGAGCACCCAGAGAGGACUCCCAGCCGGAGAGGGGCACCCAGAAAGGACGCCCAGCCGGAGGGGGGCACCCAGAGAGGACGCCCAGCCGGAGGGGGGCACCCAGAGAGGACGCCCAGCCGGAGAGGGGCACCCAGAGAGGACGCCCAGCCAGAGGGGGCCACACAGAGAGGACGCCCAGCCGGAGAGGGGCACCUAGAGAGGACGCCCAGCCGGAGGGGACCACACAGAGAGGACACCCAGCUGGAGAGGGGCACCCAGAGAGUACUCCCAGCCGGAGAGGGGUGCCCAGAGAGGGACGCCCAACUGGAGAGGGCACCCAGCUGGAGAGGGGCGCAUAACCUGAUCCAGAAAGGGGCGCGCAACUGGAGAGGGGCGCAGGCGGCCAGCCUCUCCCCCCCCCCCCUUGCCCCGAGUCUCCCCUCCUCCUGGCCCCCCCGGCUUGGGGGCCCGGGAAGCCUCCGACCCUGUCUCCCCCGACCCCCCCCGGGUGCGGCGCCCCGGGCCCGGCCCCGGCCCGGGCCAUGGGGACAGCGUCAGUCCUGCGGCGGGGGGGCUGCCUGCUGGCCUGCCUGGCCCUGCUGCUGCUGGGCUGCGGGGCGGAGCUGGGCAGCGGGCUGGAGUUCCCGGGCACCGAGGGCCAGUGGACGCGUUUCCCCAAGUGGAACGCCUGCUGCGAGAGCGAGAUGAGCUUCCAGUUGAAGACGCGCAGCGGCCGGGGCCUGCUGGUCUACUUGGACGACGAGGGCUUCUGUGACUUUUUGGAGCUGGUCCUGACCCGCGGGGGGAGGCUGCAGCUCAGUUUCUCCAUCUUCUGUGCCGAGCCGGCCACGGUCCUGGGGGACACCCCGGUCAACGACGGCGCCUGGCACGCGGUCCACGUGCGGCGCCAUUUCCGCAACACCACGCUGCUCGUCGACGGCGUCGAGGCCAAGUGGGUGGAGGUGCGGUCCAGGAGGCGGGACAUGACGGUCUUCAGCGGGCUCUUCGUGGGGGGGCUGCCCCCCUCCCUGCUGGCCGCCGCCCCCCUCAAGCUGACCCGCGCCUCCGUACGCGACCUCCCACCCUUCCGAGGCUCCAUCCGCGACGUGCGCGUCGACCGGGUCCCGGCCGUCCCCGUGGACGGAGGCCUGGUCAGGCUGGACGAUGAGCCCCCCAGCGGGGGCGGGGGCGGGGAUCCCUGCGAAGAGGAAGGAGACGGGGGCGUCUGCCUUAAUGGCGGCGUUUGCUCUGUAGUGGACGACAGGGCCGUGUGUGACUGUUCCAGGACCGGCUUCCGGGGCAAGGACUGCAGCCAAGAAGACAACUAUGUGGAAGGUCUGGCGCACCUGAUGAUGGGCGACCAAGGUAAAAGUAAAGGAAAAGAAGAAUAUAUCGCCACCUUCAAGGGUUCCGAAUACCUCUGUUACGACUUGUCUCAGAACCCUAUCCAGAGCAGCAGUGACGAAAUCACCCUGUCUUUUAAGACCCUCCAGAGGAACGGACUGAUGCUUCACACGGGAAAAUCGGCCGACUACGUCAACCUCGCACUGAAAAACGGAGCCGUCUCCCUGGUCAUCAAUUUGGGGUCAGGGGCCUUCGAAGCCUUGGUGGAACCGGUGAAUGGCAAGUUCAAUGACAACGCCUGGCAUGAUGUCAAAGUGACCAGGAAUCUGCGUCAGCACUCAGGCAUUGGACACGCUAUGGUGACCAUAUCGGUGGACGGCAUACUCACCACGACAGGAUACACCCAAGAAGACUACACCAUGCUGGGCUCCGACGACUUUUUCUAUGUCGGCGGCAGCCCCAGCACAGCCGACCUGCCGGGCUCCCCAGUCAGUAACAACUUCAUGGGCUGCCUCAAAGAGGUGGUCUACAAGAACAACGACGUCCGCCUGGAGCUCUCCCGCCUCGCCAAGCAAGGCGACCCCAAGAUGAAGAUCCACGGCGUGGUGGCCUUCAAGUGCGAGAACGUGGCCACCCUGGACCCCAUCACCUUCGAGACCCCGGAGUCCUUCAUCUCCCUGCCCAAGUGGAACGCCAAGAAGACGGGCUCCAUAUCGUUUGAUUUCCGCACCACAGAGCCCAACGGGCUGGUCCUCUUCAGCCACGGCAAGCCCCGCCACCAGAAGGACGCCAAGCACCCGCAGAUGGUCAAGGUGGACUUCUUCGCCAUCGAGAUGCUGGACGGUCACCUCUACCUGCUGCUGGACAUGGGCUCGGGCACCAUCAAGAUCAAGGUCUUGCAGAAGAAGGUGAACGACGGAGAGUGGUAUCACGUGGAUUUCCAGCGGGACGGACGCUCAGGUACUAUUUCCGUGAACACGCUGCGUACCCCGUACACGGCUCCCGGGGAGAGCGAGAUCCUGGACCUGGACGACGACCUGUACCUCGGGGGGCUCCCGGAGAACAAGGCCGGCCUGGUGUUCCCCACGGAGGUGUGGACCGCCCUGCUCAACUACGGCUACGUGGGCUGCAUCCGGGACCUGUUCAUCGACGGCCAGAGCAAGGACAUCCGACAGAUGGCCGAGGUCCAGAGCACGGCCGGCGUGAAGCCCUCCUGCUCCAGGGAGACGGCCAAGCCGUGCCUCAGCAACCCGUGCCGGAACAACGGCCUCUGCCGCGACGGCUGGAACCGCUUCGUCUGCGACUGCUCCGGCACGGGCUACUUGGGCAGGGCCUGUGAGAGAGAGGCGACCGUCCUGAGCUACGACGGGAGCAUGUUCAUGAAGAUUCAGCUCCCGGUGGUGAUGCACACGGAGGCGGAGGACGUGUCCCUACGCUUCCGGUCUCAGCGGGCCUAUGGCAUCCUGAUGGCCACCACCUCCCGAGAGUCCGCCGACACCCUCCGCCUGGAGCUGGACGCCGGGCGCGUCAAGCUAACUGUCAACCUAGACUGUAUCAGGAUUAACUGUAAUUCCAGCAAAGGUCCUGAAACGCUUUUUGCUGGCUAUAACCUCAAUGAUAAUGAGUGGCACACUGUGCGUGUGGUGAGACGGGGGAAGAACUUAAAGCUAAUGGUGGAUGAUCAGCAAGCCAUGACAGGCCAGAUGGCGGGCGACCACACCCGGCUCGAGUUCCACAACAUCGAGACGGGCAUCAUCACGGAGCGCCGCUACCUGUCGUCGGUGCCCUCCAACUUCAUCGGGCACCUGCAGAGCCUGACUUUCAACGGCAUGGCCUACAUCGACCUGUGCAAGAACGGCGACAUCGAGUACUGCGAGCUCAACGCCCGCUUCGGCUUCCGGAACAUCAUCGCCGACCCCGUCACCUUCAAGACCAAGUCGAGCCACGUGGCUCUAGCCACGCUACAGGCGUACACGUCCAUGCACCUCUUCUUCCAGUUCAAGACCACCUCCCUGGACGGCCUGAUCCUCUACAACAGCGGCGACGGCAACGACUUCAUCGUCGUGGAAUUGGUGAAAGGGUACUUACACUACGUGUUCGAUCUGGGCAACGGCGCCAACCUGAUCAAAGGGAGCUCCAACAAACCCCUCAACGACAACCAGUGGCACAACGUGAUGAUUUCCAGGGACACCAACAACCUCCACACGGUCAAGAUCGACACGAAAAUCACCACGCAGAGCACGGCCGGGGCCCGAAACCUGGAUCUCAAAAGUGACCUGUAUAUCGGAGGCGUGGCCAAAGAGAUGUACAAAUCCUUGCCCAAACUGGUCCACGCGAAGGAAGGCUUCCAAGGGUGCCUGGCCUCGGUAGACUUGAAUGGAAGGCUGCCUGACCUCAUCUCCGAUGCCCUGUUUUGCAACGGGCAGAUAGAGAGAGGAUGUGAAGUUGCAUUGAUGAAAGCUGACUUGCAAGGGCCCAGCACCACGUGUCAAGAGGAUUCUUGCGCCAACCAAGGCGUGUGCCUGCAGCAGUGGGAUGGAUUCAGCUGCGACUGUAGCAUGACCUCCUUCAGCGGCCCAUUAUGCAAUGACCCGGGAACGACGUACAUCUUCAGCAAAGGCGGCGGACAGAUCACAUACAAGUGGCCGCCCAAUGACCGGCCAAGCACCCGGGCUGACCGUCUGGCCAUCGGCUUCAGCACCGUCCAGAAGGAAGCGGUCUUGGUCCGAGUGGACAGCUCUUCGGGGCUCGGAGAUUACUUGGAGCUGCAUAUCCACCAGGGGAAAAUCGGGGUGAAAUUCAACGUCGGGACGGACGACAUCGCCAUCGAAGAGGCCAACGCCAUCAUUAACGAUGGCAAAUACCACGUGGUCCGUUUCACCCGGAGUGGCGGCAACGCCACCCUGCAGGUGGACAGUUGGCCAGUGAUAGAGCGCUACCCGGCAGGAAACAAUGAUAACGAGCGCCUGGCGAUUGCUAGACAGCGAAUUCCAUAUCGACUUGGUCGAGUAGUUGAUGAAUGGCUACUCGACAAAGGGCGCCAGCUCACAAUCUUCAAUAGCCAAGCCAGCAUAAUAAUUGGCGGGAAAGAGCAGGGCUUCCCCUUCCAGGGCCAGCUGUCUGGUCUUUACUACAAUGGCUUGAAGGUUCUCAAUAUGGCGGCCGAGAACGACGCCAACAUCGCCAUAGUGGGGAACGUGAGGCUGGUCGGCGAAGUGCCUUCCUCCAUGACCACCGAGUCCACGGCCACCGCGCUGCAGUCCGAGAUGUCCACCUCCAUCAUGGAGACCACCACGACGCUGGCCACCAGCACGGCCCGGAGGGGGAAGCCCCCGACGAAGGAGCCCGUCAGCCAGACCACCGACGACAUCCUGGUUGCCUCCGCCGAGUGUCCCAGCGACGAUGAGGACAUUGACCCUUGUGAGCCGAGCUCAGGUGGGUUAGCCAACCCGACGCGGGCGGGCGGGCGGGAGCAGCAGUUCCCGGGCUCGGCCGAGGUGAUCCGCGAGUCGAGCAGCACGACGGGCAUGGUGGUGGGCAUCGUGGCGGCGGCGGCCCUGUGCAUCCUCAUCCUGCUCUACGCCAUGUACAAGUACCGCAACCGCGACGAGGGCUCCUACCACGUCGACGAGAGCCGCAACUACAUCAGCAACUCGGCCCAGAGUAACGGCGCCGUGGUCAAAGACAAGCAGGCCGCGGGGGCCGCCGGCGGGGGCGGCGGGGCCAAGGCCGCCGCCAAGAGCAAGAAGAACAAGGACAAGGAGUACUACGUCUGAUCCCAGCGGCGGGCUCGCCCCGCGGACCCUCGCCCGGACCCCCGAGACCCGAAGGCCACCCCGCCCCGUCCCCCCGUCCCCCGCCCCGUGUCGUCCCCCACCCCAGGACCACCGCCUCGCCGCCCCACCGCCCCCCACAAUUUGUACGAAGCACACACGGACCCGAGUCGGGAGGGCCGCGGCGCGGGGACGGUCCGGCCCCGGAACCUUUGGGAGGGACGCCCCCCCGAAAUCCCCCUGCCCCCGCGGAGCCGAGGAGCGUCGCCGCACGCGGCAGAGGCACAAGAGGAGCGUGACACACAAUCGACAAGGAGCUACCUACGCGUGGGGGGCCGAGGCACGGCGGCGGGGUGGGGGACCCGCACGCCCACCCGGCCCUCGACGCCUCUUCCGGAGACUGACGCGGGGACCGCUCCCCCGUCCCCCGACCCCACCGCCCUACCCCUUUCCUGGUCGGGAGGGGAGACGGGGGGUUGGCCGGAGGACACUCCGUUUCCAAACCGUACCCCGGCAGAAACGCAGCGAGAGGGCAUAGAUGCGAUCGUUGGGAAAUUUUCAUGCACGCUUACUACGUUAUUACAUAUGUUUAUAUAAAACGAAAAAAAAAAACACAUCUCUGUGUGCUUUCUGGACCGUGAUCAGUGACGUUUUAUAGCCUGUUGUAUAGACGAUGCAAACUAUAUCCGCUCAUCGGCCAUUUUGGGUAAAGUUUGAUGUUCUCUUAGUAUUGCUAGGUAUAGAGAGUUUUACUCCAUCUGGAACCUCCGACUCCCCCUUUGAGUUUUCCGCCCUUCCCAACCGCCACCACUUCUCUCUGUCUCUCUCCCCUCGCCCCGUCCCUCCUCCGUUUGAUUUGCGGCGCGCGGGGGUGGAACGGGGGAUGUGUCAAUAAAGAGCGAGUCCGCUGGUUUCUUUCUUUCUUACCUGUACAGCCUCUGUUCGGUGCAAUUGAGUUUUAGUAGUUUGUACGGAAGAAGUGGAUUAGAAAGCGAAACGUAUAUAAAUAUAUAAUAUAUAUCUAUCCCUUGUAAACUUCCUCCCACCUUCCCCUCCGCCCCCGACCUGGGUAGCCACUGGCCAUAGUCACGUUUGUUUGAUGGUAAAAUAUCCCACCCCCCCGCAGCCCUCCCCAUCCCACACUCGCCCUAAUUCACCAAACCGCGGGAGGAGACCCCCGAGAGCCGGGCAGACCACCGGGCCCGACUUCCAAGCCCAACGGGCGCGCCCGAAACGGUGCCGGGAAGCCGAGCGUCUUUAAGGAACCCGCUUGGCUCCAACAAGGCCCCGAUCCCGACUCGCUCCGACCCCAGAGGGCCCGGCCGGAAAGUCCUCCGAGCCGAGGCCGGGACCCCGUCCCCCGACUUUCUCGGCCCGUCUGGUGCUCCGGGGGUUCACUGCAAUAAAUCUCAGAACCCCGCCGGGAUGGGGGACGGAGGACACGAAGGGGGGGGGGUGUCAAAACGCGCUCCAUUGCUGCCAAGAGGUCACUGACGGGGGCUCGGGAGUUGGGACGCCCACUCCCCCUUUUCCAUCAGGAAUUUCCAGUUUCCUUCCACCGACCUCCCCCGGCCCCAAGCCGGAAAUGGGGGGGGGACCACCCCCGAGAGAUCCCGGCUCUCUGGGCCCUCCACGAUCUGAUUUCAGUAGCCGCCCCCCAUCACCCCCACCCCCCCAAAUAUCUAUUUUUCUAACCCCGCCAGCUCUCCCGGGUGGCCCGGCUGGACCCCGCCAGAUUUCAGCUGAACUCAGGGAAGACGAAGGCGAAAGCAAGAAUCAGCGGGCAACCCCAGAGUCCCCCCACGGCCGGCUCCUCUUCCGUAGCGUAGCCGGACGGGCCUCACACCUCGCUGCCCGCGGAGGGCGGGAAAACUCCGGGCGCGUGGUGGCCGGGCCGGAGGAAAUCCCAGCUUGGGAGCGAGUGGAACCGAGUCCUGACCGCCCCCCCCACCCAUGGGGGCAAAGGUCAGGGGUCACCCAGAGCGGAGGGGGGACGGAAAAUGGAGCGCACGGUGGGAGAACCCGACGGCAACCAUCUUUACCGUCUCAAACUACCUAACCGCAAUUCGAUUUCACCUCUGCGCCGCGCGUGUCCGACUGAGAUGGCUUCUUUUCUAUCCCUGUAACGUGCUGCCUUUUUUAAAAAUGAAAGCCCGAAGCGAUGCGUGAGGCCCCUCGUGACCCGGCCCCUCCACCGCCGUCCCCCUCCCCGCCCCACCACGACAUCAGAGAGAGGUCAGAAAUGCCCCUAUAAUCUUACAGUGCUUUGUGUGAUUGCUAUUUAAGGGUUUUCUUUCGUUGUCGCAAGGCCUAUUUCUCCAUUACUGGAAAUGCUAAGCAAGUGGACUUUACUGUUUUGUUAAUAAAAUGUUUCUUAAUACAA